AUUACUUGUACUAUUGGAAUAAAUCAAAUGGGAAAUAUUGCCAGUUCAAUUUCUCCGUGCUGUCUUAACACAACUUUUGCCUUUUGCCGGUCACCGAUGACGUUGACCUUCCACGACGGCACGUCCCGAAUCAUGACCGGGAAACGGCGCCUGACCGCCGGAGAAGUGAUGUUCGAGUUCCCGGAGUGCAUGGUUUGCCAUGCACACUCUUUCUUCAUCGGUCAACCGCUCCCGGUUCUUUCCAUAGACGAUGAGCUGAUCGCCGGGCAGACGUAUUUAGUCCUUCCGCUCGACUCCUUCGCGAGCAACGUCCUCUCCGUCUCCACUCUCGGGGCGUUGGGGCGCAGCCCGAGAGGCGGAGGCGGCUGUUCCCCGCCGGUCAACUUCAAGACCGCGGCGUUUGAACACAUAAGAGGAUCAAACGGUAGGGCAAUGGUGAAGGUGGUGCCGGAGUUUAUAGUGAACCUUAUGAGUGGAGGCAGUAAAGUGAGUAGCAGUAGUGGAGACGAGGAUAAAAACGGGGGAAAGAUUAUGCUUUGUGACACGCCGGAGUUGAAGAAGGUUUACGAUCAACUGGUGGGGUCGAAAGAUCAGGUGUGGUCUCCGAAGCUUGAUACCAUUAAAGAGUACAAGUUAAGGUAUUCUCCUUGCAGGUUUAUAGGGUUGGAAUGGAAACAUAAACAAGGGGAGGAGAUAUAGCGCAGCUAGUUUUAUACAGCUUGAAAUACAUUGUUCAAUAUUUGGUGUAUUGAUCUUAUACAUAGAUGAUCCAUUCAUCCAUUAGUGUAAUUCUAUUGUAGUUAGGCCUCAAUUCUUUAAUACAAUUGACUAUUUUACGGUAGCUCAAUGUAACAAUUGACAUAUAUGCUGCCUCAUAUAAGACUC